AUGCAAAAGUGUCCAAAGCGAAACGUGAGACGAUCUGCCGGCUUCUCUGCUGUGUGCCUGUUUGAACAAUUCAGCUCCACCGAGCGAUAUGCAACCAGCACUAGUGGCGAGGCGUGGCGCGCAGAUCUCCCGCCGGCGCCGGAUGCCGCCCCAUAUCGGCCGUCACACGCUCUCCGCACACUGAAUGACAUUGCUGCACUCGAUCCAAUUGCUCGUUCACAGGCAUCAACAACCCACCACAUAUACGUACCAAAGUUAUCGAAACACACAAUUAGGAGCAUGAGACAGCGGUUUUGGAGCGAGUUCGGUUCCAAAGAAAUAGCUAGAUCGCUCGCGGCCGUUAAUUAUUUGCAUUUUAAUGACCCACACGAAGUUGAGGCGCGGUGCGUACGGGCGCCAACACAAGUUACGCAGCGCCAC